AUGCUCACGUAUCUUACUCUCAUCGGCAUCGCCAGCACCGUCGCCGCCAAGGGCGCGUACAUCGAAUGGGCCGGCGGCGGUGAUGCGCGUUUCCUCUCUGCCACCUCUGACUACCUCUUCGACGGCACAUCGCAGUACGAGUACAUCGGUGCGGGCACGUGGACCUGGAAUACAACCGGGGAGCCUGCUCCGCUCCGCUUCAAGUUCCUGGACACGGGGCUCUGCCUCUCCGUGAACGGCGCGAGGCUCGAGCUCAGCAAGUGCGACACGGCUACUCAAUGGCGCUUCGUACAGGUCGACGAUCACGGGAGCCGCAUCAAGCUUGAAGGCACUGGUGAGUGCAGGGAAUGA